AUGGACAAAAUCUCGGUUCAAGAUCUAGCCAACAUCCUGGUCGACUUUCUCAAACGGUUCAACUACAAUGAUACCGCCCGCCUCCCCUCGGAAGAGCUGAAGCCUUUGUAUGACUUCGUCCUUCCGUACAUUCCCUACAAUGAGAAAAUCGUCCGAGAGCUGGCCGAAUACGCCCACUGCACGUUCCCGUUCCUUCCGCUCGAGGUGCGCCAAGCCGUGGCCCUUUAUGACACGUUCCAGAUGUCGGUCGACGACCUGCCAGUCGAGCAAUACGACAGUCUCCAUGACCUCUGUGUCCAGCUCUCAAGCGGAGAAACAGUAAAACACCCGGUUUGGAAUGGAUUUUUCAACUCUCUUCCAAUCCUUCUCCAAUAUUACGGUCCGUACGCGCAGACGACCCUUUUUCGCGGGGCGCUGGAAUUCAUCCAGGCCACUUGUCUCGAGAGGACGCUGUUCCGCGGAUUUCCCGGGUCGUCGUACCCUAGCUAUGUCCGGCGCAUGAGCGGCCAAGGUCCCGUCCAGGCAGCCGUCUGCUUCCCCGAGGCCGAGUUCCCGCAGGAACAAUAUUUGCCAUUAAUUGCGUCGCUGGAGGCGGAGCUGGAAUACUGUCGACUAGAAAAUAUGACUGUCUAA